GGGUAAGCAGAUAAACAUCAAAUUUUCAUUUUUGGGUGAACUAUCCCUUUAAAUCCAAAAAUCUUACAUACUGUGCCUUUAAUAAUAUAGUUUAAAAACUUCUUGUACUGUGAAUAGUCACUCAACUGCUGGCCAAUACAACACCCUUUAGCUGUCACUAUGUUCAUAAUAUAACCAUAUAAUACAAAUGUUACCUAAUUUAAACUCGAAUUAAAUAAAUAAAUACAUAUAGGCUUGUCUCUGUCCUGACUCAUGUCAGUUGCGAUCUUUAGGACCCAGGGGAACUCGAGCUCAUCCAUAUAAAGACCGCAGAUGAGGGGAGAGCAAGUGCAUUAUAGUGCUUGGACAUCAACAAUCUCAGCGUGUCGUUUCGCUUUUUAACUAGUCUUACCGCAGUCGUAUUAAAACGGCUGGCAAGAUGCAGUAUAAUCGACAUCGUGUCCGUAUGAAAGGUUUUUGCUGCUGAUUUUUUUUUUCCACAUUCUUAAUAGAUGACUUUUCGCAACGGGGACAAAAACCGGACACUUUGGACUUUUAUUAAUCACUCUGCUCCAAAAAUAACAUUGUGAAAGGAUACACGAGCAUUUCACCGGAGAUUAUUCGUCGUUCAGACGAACGUUUACUGACUGCUAUACCAGCUCACCUUGCAAGGCGAAAGGGGAGUCACUCUUGAACCUCAUGCCUCCACAAAGCCAUUCAUGAGGCAAGCCUUCCUCCACACCAACAGACCAGCAUGGAGAAAGGGGCCCGAACACGACUAGAAACAGGAGUGGCAGAUGAGAAAGACCAUCUUACUCAAGGGAAGACCCCAUUAGCAGGGAGUGCAGAUUUGGGACAUGAAUGCUGCAAACGUAAUGGUUUGAUCAAUACACACAACUUAAUGGUGGAGACUAAAGAAGGACUAGUGUCAGUCUAUUCUGCUCCACAGUACCAGGGCCAUGUGGUGUCCAAGGACAAAAAUGGAACACCGGAUAGUAGAGGACCCCCACAGUUGCUCAACCCUAGCGCCCUUCCCCAGGCUAUAGACCCUUACUACAGGCCCAACCUCAUUCUCUACCCUGAGAGUGUGUUGAGAGCAUGGGGAGAGGGAGGGGACUGCUGUGAGACCACCUUCAUUGAGGAAAUGACCCCUGCCUCGUCUGGCUCAUCUGUCACAAAAGAUGGAAUUCUGUUCACUGACAGCAGGAUUCUGGAUCUCUCUAUGGAAGACGCCAAGAUCCAGACACUCUCCUAUGAUGUAGAUGACGAUGAUGAUGAAUUUCAAGAACUAGAGAGUGAGUACUCAAGUGACUCAGAGAGUGAAGACAAUUUCCUCCUGAUGCCUCCGAGGGACCACCUGGGCCUCAGUGUUUUCUCCAUGCUCUGCUGUUUCUGGCCCCUGGGAAUUGCAGCUUUCUACCUGUCUCACGAGACUAACAAAGCGGUGACUAAAGGGGACUUUCACCACGCCAGCUCCAGCUCCAGACGAGCGCUCUUCCUCGCCGUACUGUCCAUCACCAUCGGGACGGGCAUCUACGUGGGUGUGGCUGUGGCCCUUAUCGCAUACCUCUCCAAAAACAAUCACUUGUAGCCUUCUCAUGCCCAAACCACUCUUUCGUUUCAGCAGUCAGAUAAAGACUGGAUCACUUUGGGAUCAGCUUUUUGAGAGAAUGCCCAGAGGUCACAGUAUGGGACUCACCAGCAAUGUGUUCCACUCCUGCACUUUUAAAAGUCAUUCCCAUUCCCAUUUCAAUGGGAACAUAAUCGUUUGUGUAAAUGUCCUGAUCACCUUUCUGCAUUUUCAUGUGACCGUGCCACCACCACUUUUAUUUUUGCGCUCAAUGUUUGUGCAAGUGCAAAUCUAAUGCUAAUGCUAGGUGGUUUUGCCAAAUUAAAGUCAAUAUGAAAUCAAAAGGGACCUGAUUUACUUUCUUAAUGCAUGUUCCUGCUCAUAUUGUGCACAUUUUUCCAAAGAAAUCUUUCAUCAAAAUUUAAUCAUUUGCUAUGCCACUGGAACAACUUUCCUUUUUGUCAUCAGAUAGCAUUGGAUAAUGGAUGGCCGAUCCAAUAAAUUCCCACCAGAUGAAAUUGGGCUGGUUGCACCAGCUGUGUCUAAGUUACAAGUUAGCUUAAUAACAAAUAAUUAGGCACUAAAUUACAGCUUACACACUACUAAAUAUAUUUUGUUGCACCAUUAAAUUUAGUUGAAACAUAACUCUAUGUAUAAACUAAAUAUUUAUGGAAGCCUCUGACCAGGAUUAACAGUCGGAAUAAAACAGCAGAUUGAUUGAAUUGCAGUGGAUGCCAAGGCGGCAAAUGCCAAGGGUGAUCUGAGGAUUGCAAUGGAAGUGUUUCCACUGGGUGAAUCCCCACAGGCAUCCCAUUCCUCAGCAUGCUUGUUCCGCCCAGUUGAGUUCAUGGAUGAGUUAGGCAGUUCACCUCAGGGUGAAUUUAAUUUCUCAAGCGUGGCUCGUGAAGAGGAUGAACUGUCGAUCGCAGCAUUGAAGGGUUGGAUUCUGCCUUUGGAAGUGCAUGGCUCACCUAUAGGCCCCCACCAUCUGGUGUGAUGGCCCAGGCUGAGGCUGAUGCUGAGUUUGCUGCCGUGAAUAUUAGGCUAACGUGGAAUCCUCCACCCUGUCUUGAGCUUUCGCGGUUGGAUGAUUGGUUUCUGGGCUUCAGUGCUCAGUGCCUUUCUUCCCGGAAGUACACCAGGGGAUCACAUAGUCAUGGAAGGCACCUUUCACUAACAGAACAUGGUUCUCAGGUUCUUCCUCCGUCACUACACUCAAUGGCGGGGUGGUCAGGGGGUACUCAGAGGUUGAGCUGCCACCUGGAGGAAACAUCUGAGGCUCCCUUCCAGGUCCUGUAAGUUUACCUUGUGAAUGACAGUGAGGGCUUACAGUGCUGCUAGACAGGCCGAAUGCAGGAGCUGCACUUGCCGACCAAUUCUGCCUUAUGGGUGACAGAGGUCACGGUGCAGGCUCUGGGUUGGGCAUUGUCCACCUAGGAGUGCCAUCUAUGGCUUAACCUUGCCAAGAUGCUGAGAAAGUGCACUUUCUUGAUGAUCCCUUCUCCCAAAGUGGCCUCUAUGGCGACAUUGUUAGCAUCAGUUAUCAGCAGUGAAGAUGCAGACAGAAGCAAUCAGACACAUCUUGCCCCGGCACGACUUGGCUGCCACCUACAGGUCUCCGCUCUGCCAUCCCAGAGGCUGUCUUCCUCAAUCGAGGUUCUUCUGCAGGAAGGUGAUGCAUUCUUCAGGUCUAUCAGCUAGUGAACUUGCAAGCACUCCCUUGGGUUCGAGGCAGACACAGCCUUAUCUCUGAAUUGUCUAGUGCGUGCCCUGCGCAUUUAUUUGGACUGCACAGAAAGCUUUAGAUGCUCUGAUCAGCUCUUUGUCUGAUUCAGGGAACAGCAGAAGGGGAAGGCUGUCUCCAAACAGAGGAUUUCCCACCAAAUUGUGGAUGCUAUUUCUUUGGCAUAACAAGCCCAGGGCAUGCCAUGUCCCAAAUUUGGCGGACACUGUCUCGGCUCCUCAGCACAAACCUGAAUACGUGGAGCAAGCCAUCUCCUUUUAUACCCGUAUGUCUGGGAGAGUGGCAUGCAAAUUCCACUUGCCAAUUCACUACAUCGACACAAUGUCUCAUUUCCCUCCAUCAGAGAAUGGAAGUAACAAUACUCAGCCUCUAGUGUGGACUUUAUGUUCCAAGAUCUUACGAACAGCUGGUGCAACCCUACCCAAAUCCCUACUUUUUUUUUUCUUGUUGAAUUUUGUUUCACUCGGAUACAAGAUUAUAGUAAAAUGUAAAGAAAAAUGGGCUGUGAACAGCAUUUCAUCUUGACUUUAAUAUUGGUUUGUCGCAAAUACAGUAUUUGGUAUACAGAUCUAACCUGUCAAAAGAUCCAGACAAGAUCUGAAUCAGUAUCUGAACAAUCAGUGACUUUCUCAAAUGUUUUUUGGAUUAUGUGAAGCAUCUAUCUGAAGUGCCACAGUGCUUUCAAGCCUUUUUAAGAGCUACUGAAUCUUAAGGUCUGUGACACACAAAGGGGCAUUUUCAACACUCUUUUGAUAUUACAGACACAAAAUGAACAUAAAGCCAUAUAGAUGGGUUGCUCAAGCCUGCGUUUUAACUUUUUUCGGAAUGUAUGGGUGAAGUCAUUCUUGUGGGGCUGUAACAUUCACUAUUAACUACUCUGUAAUUAAGUCCUAAGGCUUUCAGUUUAUACAUGUCAAUCUAUGAAGCUGUAAAUGCCUCCGCUGUCAAAUUUUCUCCCAUACUUUGGGAAACACCUCUUGCCAGCAAGCUCAUGCUAAUUAAAUGUGGUCUUUUCAUUCAA